GGUAUGCGCCACGACCCACGACUACUCGAUAUGGAAUACACUGACGACGGAGCAUGAUGAUGGUGGAGGCUGAGGAGAGGGAGGAGUACAUCAACGUGGUGGAUAGCGAUGAUGAGGGGCUAGGAGAGAGUAUCCAUGGCGACAGCAUCCUUGGAGAUUUUUCGUCAGACGAUUCCGUAUCGGACGUCAGCUCGCUACCGGCUUCCUCCCCGAGGGAGACGACCACGACCCCCUCCCCCGCGCGCCGCUGCCGCACGCACUUCUCCCCCGUGCAGCAGGAGCGCCUCGAGCGUUACUAUGGCGACAACGCGUACCCGGAUCGCGGGGAACUCGACGCGUUGGCUUCGCGGAUUGACCUCAACGCGAGGACGCUGCAGACGUGGUUCCAGAACCAACGCGCCCGCCAGAAGAGGGCGCUCAACAACGGCCGACGCUCGGCCGCCGCGAGCCCAGCGAAGUCGACCGAUUCAGCCGCCGCCGGCGGCGCCCCCUACGUGCCGAUGACGGAGGUCCUGAUCCCGAACUCGCCGAGUCUGCUUCCGUAUCUGCCGCCGGAGCUUCGACCGCUGCCGACGAUGCCGUAUCCCGCGCGCGCGCCGCAGAGGCGCCCCCUGGCGAUGGGAAUCCCCGGCGUUCUCUACCCGAACGCGCGGCGACCGAUCGUGCUGCAGCCUCUCUCCGUCGCGCCGUUGCCGCCGACGAUCGCAUCCCCGCCGAUGAUGCAGACGAUGUCUCGGUCGUGUCCCGCGUCGCCGGCGGCGCCAUCCGGUGCGGCGUUUGCGAAGCUUUCGCUGCGUGACGGGUCGCUGACGCGUCCGCUCUUCGUCAAUACGGUGCUGCCCCCUUACAUGAUGCCGUUCAUGAAGGGGCACGCCGCCGCGAUGGGUGUUCCUGCGCUACUGCCGCGGUUGCCGCGGGCGACGAUGUCGUAUUAGUCGACCGACCAAUCACGGCGCUUGACUUCGCUCGUGCUCCAAACGCGCAAAUUCGUAUGAUUCGAAAAUUUCGACGAUUUGGCUCGCCUCGCGAAAUGUUCCGCGAGUCGGUUGGCAUCGGAGGUGCCCCCUAUCUGUGCGCGUGAGUCGUAGCUUCGCUAAGUGAUCAUCAAUCGUGGCAAUAUGACAUAAAUCCUGGUUUUUCUCGCGGUUUCUUGUUUAUUUUCGAUAAUUUUGAUGUGCCACGCAUGCAUGCGUUUACCUGCGGUGCGUGCGUGCGUGCGUUACGAGUUAUAAUUAUAAAUUAAUGUUAUAUUAUAUAUAUUUUUUGUAUAAUCGCUAUUCUGUAAAUAUGGGAAUGAGCAAAAUGCUUGUGUAAUUAUUGCUAAUAAAUAUAAUGGCGCGUUGAAUACGUGUGCUUACAAUGCAA